CCUCUCCGCUCUGCUGACUGAACUGAAAUAGCGGUUAAAUUUUUGAGGUUGUAGUUCGGAUUUCAAUCAGGAUCAAUUUUUCAUAAAUUUAGAGUAUGGAAUGAUACUGACUAAUUACAAUCACAUCGAUUAAAAGUAUUACUAGUUAAUAAUUGAAGAUUGAAGAUGGCGUUAAUUACAUCUGUCAGAGAUGGUGUUGAAUCAAUCAAUGCUGAUCUCAAAGCAGCUAUUGACAGAGAAUUUCAACGUUUCAUCAGUGACAGAGAAUUAUCUGAAUUUACGUUCAUGUCAUCCUUUACGGCCCCUGAACGCAUCUAUGUUCAUAAUAAGGCAAAAUCACUGGAACUCAUGUCCAAGAGUAGAGGAAAAGGCAUCAACCGGCAGGUGACCAUUUACAAAAAGAAUCGGUCGACGAUCAUCCAGCACGACGCGACAAUGUCGCUGACUCAGCACUCUCACAAAGUGGUGGCGUGUCUGCUCAAUCAGGCGCCUCUCACCGCCAAAGAGAAGUUCGAUAUCAUACCUCACUCGGAGCGAGAUCGAUCGUCUGCUCCCGACCUCAUACAGAAAGACGCGGCGCGCACAGUGAACCGACUGGUAUCUGGAGUGGCAGUGGUUCCUUCCAACCGAAUGCCACCCGCCCACAGCGCCAUCGCCCAGCAGCGGCAGGCUCUGCCCAUAUUCGCCCUGCGUGACACCAUUCUGCACACAAUCAACGACAACACUGUCGUCAUCAUCAGCGGAGAGACUGGCAGUGGCAAGACCACGCAGGUACCGCAAUACAUAAUGGAGUGGCACGCGAACGAAGGCCGACCGUGCCGCAUCAUCUGCAGUCAGCCGCGUCGGAUUGCGGCCACAGCGAUGGGCGAGCGGGUCGCCGCAGAGCGCAACUGCAAGGUCGGCUCCGAAGUCGGCUAUCAGAUCAGACAUGAGAGCUUAACGAACGCACGUACCGUUCUGACGUACAUUACCAAUGGCAUUCUGUUGCGUACGCUCAUGUGCGGAGACUCCACGUUAUCCACCGUCACUCAUCUUAUCAUGGACGAGAUUCAUAUCAGGGACCGAGUGUCGGACUUCAUCCUGGUGGCAGUUCGGGAGAUGCUGGCCAAGAACAGGGCGAUGCGACUGGUGCUGAUCUCAGCCAGUGUGGACACGGCCGACUUGAGUCGCUACUUCAACGGCUGCCCUGUCAUCACAGUGCCCGGCCGUCUCUUCACUGUCAACCAGCACUUCCUCGAGGACGUGCUCAAAUUGUAUGUUGCGUGCAGUCUCGUUAGAAGUGGAAAAGAGUGUGGAAAUGCUCGCUCAGAUGUGUAUUCAGGCGUGGCUUGCAACUGUGAUAUAGUUGCCGGUACAAAACACAUCGCUGCCUGUCACGCCGAGUUUAGUUACAGUGCGUACAUCCUAACGAAUGCACGUACCGUUUUGACGUACAUUACCAAUGGCAUUCUGUUGCGUACGCUCAUGUGCGGAGACUCCACGUUAUCCACCGUCACUCAUCUUAUCAUGGACGAGAUUCAUAUCAGGGACCGAGUGUCGGACUUCAUCCUGGUGGCAGUUCGGGAGAUGCUGGCCAAGAACAGGGCGAUGCGACUGGUGCUGAUCUCAGCCAGUGUGGACACGGCCGACUUGAGUCGCUACUUCAACGGCUGCCCUGUCAUCACAGUGCCCGGCCGUCUCUUCACUGUCAACCAGCACUUCCUCGAGGACGUGCUCAAAUUGACGGAUUAUAAGACAGAAGAAAUGGAAUUGUUCAGGAAAGAUACGAAGAAACGUCUGCAACAAGACCAAGAAGCCAACGCUUGGAUGCUGCAAGCUAGACAGUACAGAACAGGAAAUAGUUCGCCGUCAGCUAAAGCCAAGGAAGCAACUAUUGACAGCUACUUGGAGAACGCCACAAGACUCGGCUGUGAAGAAUCGCUCAGGAAAGUUUUGCAACUUAUUAGAAAUAAUGAGGCUUCAGUUGAUCAUCAGCACCCCAGCUCAAGAGUAACCCCGCUGAUGGCAGCAUGUAUGCACGGUCAUGUAGAAAUAGCUGAGGAACUUCUGAUUCUGGGCGCCAGUCUAGAUUUGACCAUCAACAAUAAUAAGACUGCCUACCAAUUUGCCAAGGAAUUUGGCCACGAAGAUAUACAAUUCCUUCUCUUGUUACAACCCUCAAGAGUAACCCCGCUGAUGGCAGCAUGUAUGCACGGUCAUGUAGAAAUAGCUGAGGAACUUCUGAUUCUGGGCCACCCCAGCUCAAGAGUAACCCCGCUGAUGGCAGCAUGUAUGCACGGUCAUGUAGAAAUAGCUGAGGAACUUCUGAUUCUGGGCGCCAGUCUAGAUUUGACCAUCAACAAUAAUAAGACUGCCUACCAAUUUGCCAAGGAAUUUGGCCACGAAGAUAUACAAUUCCUUCUCUUGUUACAACCAUUGAGUCGUCUUUGUUUCCCUGAGCCAUCCCUGGCUCAAAAGUCGUCGAAGGACGAUGAUAAGUAUUUGCUAUUGGAAGCCUAUAGCCACUGCUUCAACAGCAACGAAGUCAACCCCGAUCUCAUUCUAGCCAUAAUCAACAAAAUUCAAUCCUCCAAUCAACCUGGUGCCGUACUGAUUUUCUUGCCGGGCUAUGAGGAGAUAAUGCUCGUAAUGGACAAGCUGGCCAAACGGGAGAUGAAGGCCAACGAAAGCAAACUCCAAUUGGUGGCGCUGCAUUCGCAGAUGGACACCAAUGUCCAGAAGAACGUCUUCCCGCCGGCACCCAACGGAUUCAGAAAGGUGAUAUUGUCGACAAAUUUGGCCGAGACUUGUAUAACGUUAACCGAUGUUGUAUUUGUCAUUGACACGGGACUGGUGCGUGAAUCUGGCGCAAGAGGUGGUCAUGCAGUGGUUUGGUGCUCGCAGGCGUGCGUGCGCCAGCGUCGGGCGAGGGCCGGGCGCACCCAGCCGGGGUUCUGCUACCACCUAUUCAGCGCCGCCCAGUAUCAGCUCAUGCCGCCACAGCGCAAGCCUCAAAUUCCUCUCCAGAACCUGUGCCUGCAAACGAAAAUGCUGGCCCAGGGCAACAUUGCCGAUUUCCUGGCGAAAACGUUGGAUCCGCCUUCGUUUCUGGUGGUUCGCCACGCCGUUCAGCUGUUGAAGACAAUCGACGCCCUGGACCCCUGCGAGGAGCUCACACUGCUGGGUCAGCACAUCAUCGAUCUGCCCCUGGCACCGCACUUGGCCAAGGCCCUGCUCUAUGCCGUUCUGCUCAAGUGCCUCGAUCCUGUCCUCACUAUUGUCGCUAUGCUCAGCUAUGACGACCCAAUGGAACUCGGCGACGACCCGAAGUCACGUCGCGAGGCGGCGGCCGUUCGCCGUAGGAUGGGUGGCCGCUCACAGAGCGACCACUGUGCGCUGCUGAUGAUGUACAUGCGCUGGCUGGCGUCGUGCAGUCACGGCCAGGGCCGCAAGUUCUGUGCCGAUCACCACUUGUGCUACGCUCGCCUCGAGUUGGUCUACGGCCAUCGACAGCGGCUGCUCACACAGUUGCGCACCAGUGCAUUUGUGCGCAGCAACACUGACAGUCACUUUGUACGCGAUCUGAACAAAAAUUCGGAAAAAUUUCCAGUUGUGAAAGCAGCUCUGACUGGUGGCCAUUAUCCGAACUUGGUGCGGAUUGACAGACAACUGAACGCAUUCAGAACUCAUGACGAAGUGAACGUAGCCCUGCACCCGUCGUCGGUGCUUCGUGACGGAGUGCCUCAGAAAGAGUUGCCUUCCCAGCUGGUCACCGACUGGAUCAUCUUCGAAGAGAAGGUGGCGGUGGGGUCGGAGGGGGCAGGUGGGGCAGUGGGAGGGGCCAGCAGUUGUGUGCGUGUGUGCUCGCUGGUCAGUGACGUCACUGUCGCUCUCUUCGCCGGACCUGCUCGCUUUCCAUCCGAAAACCUCAACGAUCCUGAAGCUGCGGACCGAGGCAGCGACAGUGAGGAGGAGCAAGAAGUGGCGGGGGUCGCAGGCCAACGCCUGGCCACACUCAAGCUAGACGAGUGGGUGGUGUUCCGGCUGGAGCCAUACCUGGCGAGGCUGGUCAUCAUGCUGCGCAACAAGUGGCAUGCUGUGCUCGCCAAACGACUGCGCUAUCCUAACCGCACUCUCUCCACGAACGACGAAGCGGUGAUCGAGGCCCUGGUGGCAGUUCUAUGCGAAGAGGAGCCGGUGGGGUUGGAGCAGCCAUCAGGUGUGGGAGCCAAGCCACUGCCAAUCAGUCACCACGAGAACAACGACUACAGUCCUUUGCGUAGGAGAUCAUACAACGACAUUUCGAAGCAGCAGGCUUCCUCAGAGACUUCAAGCAAUAGGCAUUCUAAUCACAGGAGAAAUUUUGACAUGAAUGAGAACGGAAGCAGCAGUGCAGGCACAAGCAUAGGCAGUCUGUCCCCCUCCCUCCCUGUGCAUCGCUGCUUCUUUGUGAUUCGUCAGGGCAACACGCGCGCACUGGAGCGAGCCUUCACGACACACCUCUGGCAAUUCCAGGCCGGCACUGAGUGCACGCUCAAGAACGCUUUGCGCGAAGGCAAACAGGUGAUCAUCAUAUUCAGCCUACAGAGUCAGACCAGUCUGCAGGGCUACGCGCGUCUCAAGGCCGACACACACUGGUCCAACAGUGACGUCAUCUCCAAUGGUGCGUCUGGCGGCUGGUCGAGUGGUGACGUCAUGUCAAAGGGACCGAAUGGCGGCUGGUCAAGUGGUGACGUCAUGUCGAAGGGACCGAAUGGCGGCUGGUCAAGUGGUGACGUCAUGUCAAAGGGGCCGAAUGGCGGUUGGGCGAAUGACAUCAUCUCCAAGGGUCCCACUGGAGGUUGGUCGAGUGAUGAGGGUCCCUCCACUCCGCUGCCCAUUGAGUGGAUCAAGUAUGGCGCCGUGCCUGCUGCGGGACUGCGUCGAUACUGCAGUCUUACCGAUUUCAAUCGGUUCAUGUCGAGUCGCGAUGGACAGGAAAUUGAUGCGCACAUUGGUGAGGCAGUCUGCCUGCUGUGGGAGUCUCAACCGCCCUUGAGCGGGGGCAUGCACCCUCAUAUGGGCAUGGGUGGCUUCCAACAGAACAAUGGGCAUGGGAGGCCCAUAAGGGCGCCCCAACAACCAUAUUCUUAUGGUAACAACUCCUAUGUAAACCAAAAUAUGUAAGCCAAAAUUUAAACACGAUUAUGGCUCAAAACCCCAUUUUGUGUGAGAUUUGUUAGUUUUGAGAAAACUGAUAAAACUUAUUUAUUAGGUUGGUUCUAGUACAGUACUUUUCUCAAUAACUACUUUAAUUUCAUACUAAAUUCAUACUUUAAUUUCGAUGUUAAAAAAUAAUUAUGAGUUGAACUCAGCAUUUAAACCAAUGUCCAGAACAUAAGUUCACAUAUUGUGAGAAACAUUGAGUACUGAGAAAACUUGGAAAAUAGUCAUUAUUAUUUUAGGUUGAAAAUUCAUACUUAUAUUUUUCUCUCACCUUAAUAGAGAAAGAAAAAUUAUGAUUUACUAGUAGUUGUAUGAAGAUUGUUUUGUUUACUUCACGGGUCUCUGCAAUAUUAAUAUUUUAGGUAUAGUUUUAUUUCGAAAAAUAUAUUUUGGAAAACAUUAGUUUGAUAAGGUUUCUGGAUAAAAAUACUGAUUGUGAACUCAGUAAAUAUAGCAAAUUGAAGGCAGAAAUAUGUAAAAUGUUAGUGUACAUUUAAAUGAAACGUGAGCAAAAACCACCUUGACAAACGUUAAGUUUUGAGAAAAAUGAAAAAAAAACUUAUUAAUUUAAGUUGGCUUCAAUAAUUUCUCAUUUCAUUCCUAUGCUCUCAAAGCAUCGCACUAAGUUUUAUUUGUAUUCUGAUUUGCACUUUGAUAUUAAUCUUAUACUGUAUUUGAGACUUUGAACAUUUAUUUUAAAUAACAUAUCCAUCUUCUGGAUUAAAUUACUGAUAAUCAAUCAAAAGACUUGAUAUUUUACUUGUGUUUUGAAAAAUCAAUCCAUUUCAAAAUCAAAGUUAAAUGUGGCCAAAAGUAAAAAAUCAAAGGCUGUGUCAUGUGGGUGCUCCAUCAACCAUAAUAUUGUUUGUAAACUAAUAUUCAACUCAAAGCAUGUUAACCUGCAUGUAUUAAACUAAAUAUUAACGUUCGCAAAUCAAUCAAAACUUAACGUAGUCAUAUUUGGCAUAAUGUACUAAAUUAAUAGAAUAUGAUUUUUUAUCUGUAUAAAGUUGAUAAAGUUAUCUAGACUUCUCUCAAUUGAUUUUGUUAGUUUUAGAAAGUAAUUGUUCAUUAGUUGAUCAUCUUGCUCAUGGAUUUUGCAUCUAACAUUUUUCUACCUAUUUUUUUGUGUUAUAGAAUCACAAUUUUAUUAAACCCUAGUCUUUGAGUUGUAAUAGUAUUACCUACUAUUUUUUCUCCAUUAUCAUUUCUACGUUUUUUAUUAUCUUGUGUAUUCCUAUUUUUAGUUGUAUAAUUCAAUUACUAUAAUUUAUCCCUACAAUUAACGCUUACUCAAGUAUUCUAGAUAUUUGUUGUAUCUAUAGAUGAUAUUAUACCUUGUGGUUGUUGACUUUUAGAAUUAUAUUCUAUUUUUGGUCUUAAUUUUUAUUAAUUUUGAAAAGAUGAAAAUAUUUAUUAUUCGUUGAUAGGCCUAGCUCUCACCAAAAUAUCCCAAGUUCAAUAGGUAGUUGCCCUUAGACAAACUUUUUCUUUUAUUGACCAAAUAAUGUGGAGUAAUAAUUAUGAAAAUAUUCCAUAUUUCCAUAUGGAAAAUAUUAAUAAUAUAUUAUUCACUAUUGUCAUCUAUUAUUUUACGUUUAUUCAUAUGGAUGUAGUUGAUAUUCAUUAAUAAUAUUAGUUAAUAUUCAAAAGUAAUUUAAAUUACAUUACACUUUUUUAUCUGAUGUCAAUCCUAAGCAAUAUUUUGAUAGCUUUGUAGAAACUUAUAUCUCAGUAUUUGAAUGGAGAUUGUUGGUAUAAAAUAUUUAAUUUUAUUUGGGUAUUUUCUACAUUAUUCUAGUUCCAAUAAGCUUUAUUAUUGCUACAUUCUGCAGCAGAUGUAGUAAUCUAGUUCAGUAUUUAAUUGUUCGUUAUAUAUUGAAAUAUUUAUUCAUAUUAUAGAAUACUUUACGCAGAUGAUUGAAUUUAUUAUGAUAAAAUACUGUCUGCGCAUCUUCUUGUACAUGACCAAAGUCUGUUUAUAUUAGAUCGUGGGAAAUAUCUUCUUCUGUGGUUUGUAACUUAACUUAACAUCUACUACU